UUUGCACUUUCUACCGGCCCCUCUCCAGCCCUGCUUACGGGCCUCUAUGAAGACCACCUCACCUUUCUCCCAGACCCCCUCUGCUACAGCCUCUAUGAAGACCACCUCACCUUUCUCCCAGACCUCCUCUGUUACAGCCUUUGUGAAGACCACCUCACCUUUCUCCCAGACCUCCUCUGUUACAGCCUUUGUGAAGACCACCUCAUCUUUCUCCCAGACCUCCUCUGUUACAGCCUUUGUGAAGACCACCUCACCUUUCUCCCAGACCCCCUCUGUUACAGCCUUUGUGAAGACCACCUCACCUUUCUCCCAGACCCCCUCUGCUACAGCCUUUGUGAAGACCACCACUGUCUCUGCUGUCUCUCAGGGCACCGCCAGCUCUGGUAGAGCUUCUGAGAGCUAAUUGGUGUAUGGACUAUCUGCUCAGGCAGACUGAGAAGGCCAUGCAGGACAUGGACCCUGACUCGGAGGAGACUGAUUUUGAGUACUAUGCAAUGGACCCCACAGUUGGUAGUCUUCUGGAUGACUUCACCACCACUACUGCCGACUUCUCAGCUGCAAUCCCCACCCAGGCUGCUCCCACUGCAGUCCAACCUGCUUCCUCCAGUGCCAAGUCUGCUGCCACCAGUACCUGGCCUACUUCCCCCACAGCCCAGUCUGCUGCCACCAGUACCUGG